AUGCUUGAUGACUGUGUGGUAACCAGAGAUCCAAACACCAAGCGCUCCAGGGGCUUUGGGUUUGUCACAUAUGCCACUGUGGAGGAGGUAGAUGCAGCAAUGAAUGCAUGGCCACAUAAGGUGGAUGGAAGAGUUGUGGAACCCAAGACAGCUGUCUCCAGAGAAGAUUCUCAAAGACCAGGUGCCCACUUAACUGUGGAAAAGAUCUUUGUUGGUGGAAUUAAAGAAGAUACUGAAGAACAUCACCUAAGAGACUAUUUUGAACAGUAUGGGAAAAUUGAAGUGAUUGAAAUCAUGACUGACAGAGGCAGUGGCAAGAAGAGGGGCUUUGCUUUUGUAACCUUUGAUGACCAUGAUUCUGUGGAUAAGACUGUCAUUCAGAAAUACCAUACUGUGAAUGGCCACAACUGUCAAGUAAGGAAAGCCUUGUCCAAGCAAGAGAUGGCUAGCGCUUUAUCCAGCCAAAGAGGUCGAAGUGGUUCUGGAAACUUUGGUGGCAAUCAUGGAGGUGGUUUUGGUGGGAAUGACAACUUUGGCCAUGGAGGAAAAUUCAUUGGUCGAGGUGGCUUUGGUGGCAGCCGUGUUGGUGGUGGUGGAUAUGGUGGCACUGGGGAUGGGUACAAUGGAUUUGGUAAUGAUGGAAGCAAUUUUGGAGGUGGUGGAAGCUACAAUGAUUUUGGCAAUUACAACAAUCAGUCUUCCAAUUUGGACCCAUGAAGG